AUGAGGCCUGACUGUAUGGUCACGUAUACUGUUGCGAUGUUGGAAACACUCAACAGUCGCCGAAAUCACUGCCUCGAGAUCGUGAUUGGCAUGAUCACAAUGUUCCUCAAGGCAAGACCAUUGGUCGAGGGGCUUGAUGUGCCAGCCCUUCCCUCCGAUUUCCUCUUGGGGCUUCAGGCCAGGGGAGGUUCCUUUUGGGCAGUGCUAGUAGUAGCCUAUCGUAUGGCAAUACUCAUCAGCGGACCCGCGAAGAAUUUCGCAUCCUAUGCAUUCCUCACUACACUUUCCCGCAGUGCAGGAGGCGCUGCAGCGCUCCAUACUUCGGUCAGGACAUACCCGCUACUUGAAGCGCUGGAUAUACUGUCUUUCGUUGUUCCUUUUCCACUGGAAAAUACAAUAAUUCGUCUGCCCAUGAGUGCGGAGAAUGGCGGUGUUGCUGUCAGUCGCUGGCAACGCCUCGUCCGCUACAACCCCAUUUGCGUAUGUCAGGCGACUCGCCUGGAAAGCUGGAGAAAGUCCAUGGCAGUCCAUGAACUGGAGGACCUUCAUCUAACUCAUAUGGCCACUGGAUGCGCCGAUUCCAGACGAGCCGCAAAGGGGCACGGAUGGCCUGUGCUAGAUUGGUGGUGGAUCACUACUUCAAAUUUUGCGCGCCUCGUUGUUGUUGAGGCUCUGACAAUAGAGGAAUGCACCUGGCAUAAAAGAACUGCCUUGAACUGGGAUGUGAAUGUGACGGAGGCAUUAGAAGGGAGAGCAUUCGACUCUGCGAAACCGACAGUAGUGGUGGACGAGAUAGUAGUGAUGGAACCAUACGAUGCAAAGACUCGCACUUGA